UGCUCUCGCCGCCGCCGUCGCUCCGCCGUCACAAGGCGCCAUGGGCCACAACGGCAAGUUCCAGUUCGCCAUCGACAGGGGCGGCACCUUCACCGACAUCUACGCCAAGUGCCCCAGCGGCAAGAUCCGCGUCAUGAAGCUGCUGUCGGUGGACCCCGCCAACUACCCCGACGCGCCGCGGGAAGGCAUUCGGCGCAUCCUGGAGGAGGUUUUCCUAGUGUUGCGUUCUCUUGAUACUUAUGGAAUCUUUCUACUUAUGGGUUCUACUCAUGGAUUAUCUCUCGGAAACGUAUGGAACGAACUCCUUACAUCCGAAGAGCCUUGCGGGCGUUUGUUAUCUGAGACAACUGGGCCUCUCAGCCUUACAGUGGAUCACGCAGGCUUACUGACAAUUGCAAUUGUUGAGGCAAGUGGAUUUAAAAAUGUGGCUAGUAUUACUGUACGUGCUCUACCAGAAAAUGAAAGAAACUGGCGGAUGCGUAGUACAGAGAAAGUUAUGCUGCAAAAAGUCUCCGCCGAGAUUUUGAAGGAAAUACUAAGUUUGGCGCUCAAGAUAAGACCAUUUCAAAAACAAAUCCAUAAAGGCACAGCUGUGAAGGGUUAUAUAUUAGAAUUUAUACCAAUGGUCCGUCGUUUAAAGACAAUGGCUGUGGUGUUAUGUGAAGUUUCCCCCAAGGAAAUUCGCACAUUUCAUUCGACUGAUAGGAAGACUGUAUCGCACGUGAAAAACAUGUUUGCUCGGCGGCUGCGGCGCGGCGCGGCGCGGCGCGGCGUGGCGUCGACCUCCGCCUGGUCCUGGCGCGUCGCCAGAAAUCUCGCGGACGUCACGCCUAGUCGGCGCGGAGCCCGCGAAGCGCGCGCCACCCGACCCGACCCGACCCGACCCGACACCGUAAUUUAA